GAAACUUUAUCAAUAUUUAGCUAGCUGUCUGUGAUUAGCCACGUCAUGUAAAGUUAGCAGAGCAGCAAUUCUGAUACAAAAGCAGCGAGGGGGUGGCAUUGUUUUGGGGGAUAUUCGUUCAUUUUUAAAGAAAAGCGCCUGUUUCAUGGUUAUAACUCGGCAGUAAUUAUAUGGGAAGAUGUCAGACCUCGGGGACUGGUUCAGAAGCAUCCCUUUCAUCACCCGAUCAUGGUUUGCUGCCUCUAUUGCUGUUCCCUUUAUUGGGAAACUGGGAUUGAUUGAUUUCAGGAACCUCAUGUUGUUUCCAGAGCUGGUCAUAAGCAGAUUUCAUCUCUGGAGACCAGUGACUGCCACCUUGUAUUUCCCAAUAACCCCUAAUACUGGGUUUCUGUACCUGGUCAACCUCUAUUUCCUCUACCACUAUUCUAGUCGGCUAGAGACAGGGGCUUUUGAUGGCAGACCUGCAGACUAUAUCUUCAUGCUCCUCUUCAACUGGAUCUGCAUUGUUAUAACCGGGAUGCUGAUGAACAUGCGGCUGCUGAUGAUCCCCCUGAUCAUGUCAGUGCUCUACGUCUGGGCUCAGUUCAACAAGGACACCAUCGUGUCCUUCUGGUUUGGAACAAGGUUCAAGGCACAUUAUCUACCUUGGGUCAUCCUGGCCUUCAACUUCAUUAUCGGAGGCUCGUUUGUAAAUGAACUGACAGGGAACCUGGUGGGUCACCUCUACUUCUUCCUCAUGUUCAAAUACCCCAUGGACCUGGGAGGACGGGCCCUGCUCUCCACACCUGAAUUCUUGUAUCGGUGUUUCCCCAACAGGAGGGGAGGCGUGUCGGGCUUUGGAGUCCCCCCCAGCAGACCAGCUGCCCAGGAGCCACAGGCGGGAGGAGGCGGGGCAGGAGUAUUAAGAGGACGUCACACCUGGGGCCAAGGCUUCCGUCUGGGGGGGGAAUGAGCGGAGAGGAAAUGAGAGAGCUCCACCCCCUCCCCCUUUUUACUCCCAGUAACAAAGCUAUGGGGUUAAAGUGCUUGCUUUUUCUCAUUCUUCCGCUUGAGGGAAUACCUUGACUUAAAAUUCUAUUUACAUUCAUGUUUAGUUUUGAAGGGAAUUUGAAAAGGCACACACUUUAUACCCAAGGCAGCAGGACUCAGACUGUGGCCUUAAGCCCAAUUCACCACUAACAGCCAGCUCUACUCUUACUGAGGAUGUGUCCAUGUGAAGCAGAUAGAAGGCAAUAUGAAUAAAUCGUUUUUUUUAUGUGAUGAUUCUUGAUCUCCACUCCCCCUUUUCUUUCCGUCCUCUUUCCAACCUGAAAUCAGACAGUGAAGACAAGAUGUUGCAGCUGUACUCCAACCUGCUGUUGAUUUCGACUCUUAUGUUCCUCACCCUCCCUUCCUUCCUCUCUCUCUCCCUCCCUCUCUCUCCCUCCCUCUCUCCCUCCCUCUCUCCCUCCUUCUCUCCCUCCCUCUCUCCCUCCUUCUCUCCCUCCCUCUCUCCCUCCUUCUCUCUCUCUCUCCCCCUCUGUGAUGCAGUAUCAGAUUACAUUGUAAUUACCAAGCACUGCGAGGCUGCUCUCAGCUGAACAUGGGCAAAGCUAUUUAGAGAGCACUGUUUCUAGGUCUGAUUGUUCAUGGGUGUAAAAUGUUUUUUUUAAGCCCCUGUGUUAAGAUCUAAUCUUAACCAAAAUAAGGGGAAGAUGGGAUUUGUUGCUUCUUUUUUCUUGUAAAUAUAACAAUUGUUUAUUGAAAUGGCUAUCGAAUACGAGUGUAAUUAUCAUAAUAUCCAUGUUCCCUGAAUGCUGGGAUUUUCUGUUAUGUGCCAGUUCUGCUGGUUGAGAAUCACUGUGCCUUUUAUGUACAAUAUAUAAUCAGAGCUAAUCGCAACUAUUAAUUAUUCAUAAUCAAUUAGCUGCCAAUUUGUUAUGAAUCAAAUAUUGUUUUAUAAAUGGCAAAAAAGG